AUGACGUUUGCUUCAUGUAUGCCAGAGUUUAGUUUCGAACGACACCACCCAACUCCGGUGUACAUCAGAAACCGAACAAAUGACCCGGAUCCACCACUUGCCACUGCUGCACUGUUCGUCAGUCGCGUUGCAUCUCCUGAGUCAUGUGUUGAUGAGAUUAUCCUCGGACAAGACAGUAGCGACAAUGUAAACAACGACAGUAAUGCUACCGGCAAUUCGACGGAUUCGUUUCCAAGAAACGCCGAUAUGCAGUAUAGUCCGUUGACAGCCGGGGUGGCUGAGUGCGAUCCGCAAACGUCGUCGAGUCUGCCUUGUAGAAAGUCAGCGUUGAUCACUGAAGCACUGUCGAGAACGAGUGGAGGAGUCCAGGAUACAGGUUGCAGAACGGGCACAUCUCGUGUAGAUGCGACCGCAAGAGGCACGGUUGUGAGAAGCGCGGAAUCAAUUGAAUGUGGUGCUCAGCGUGAUCCGACAUUGCAUGAUUUUACGAUUGAUCUUCCUGCCGAUCCAUUCCUCAACACUAUUCGACUACCUACAGCCUCAACAAAUGGUGAAUUUUGA